AUGGCUUCUUUAGGGUGGGAGUCAGGAGGAGGGGUGUGGGUGUGGCGGAGGCAGUUGUGGGCUUGGGAGGAGGAGUUGUUGGGGGAGUGUCAGACCUUACUUCUUGGUGUUUCUUUGCAGGCUCAUCUUCCAGAUAGGUGGCUUUGGUUAUUUGAUCCUGAUCAUGGUUACUCUGUUCGUGAUGCUUAUCAGCUUUUGACUUCUCAGGAAUUAGUUACUUUGGAUGCUUGUUAUGAUCUUGUUUGGCACAAGCAGGUACCCUUGAAGGUAUCUAUUUUAGCAUGGCGUUUAUUGCAGGAUAGGUUGCCUACCAAAAUCAAUCUGGCUUCCCGUGGCAUCUUAUCGUCUACAGCUACUUCUUGUGUUUCUGGUUGUGGAGGGGUGGAGUCGGUUCAUCACUUGUUCCUCUCAUGCGAAAUUUUCGGUUCUCUCUGGGCAUUAGUUCGGUAG